UUACACAGAGAAUAAUAUUUAGCAUUAAAAAUCUUCUUUUAUCUCGCAAUUUUUCUCACAAUCUUCUCCUAACUCCUUCAAAUUUUGCAUAAACCCUAAACCAUAAGCUCUAAAUCGAUACUGUAUAAUAAUAUAUUAUAUAGUACUCGUACGAGUUCAACAACUAUUUUAAAGCAUUGAUUUUUCUUAUCUUUUUAGCUUUUUUUAAGUUAUUACCAAUUAUGUGCUCAGAAAACAGUCCUCCACGUUUAUCAUUGUCAAACGAUGAUGUUGCUCAACUACAUGUUUUACCUAUGAAACAAAAUUCUCAACAAGUUCCUUGCAAGAACACAACAACAAUGUUGCUUAACAAUGAUGAUGAUGAUGAUGACUCAAAUUCUGAAUUUGAGUUCAUUACAACAAGCAACAUCUUUGAGUUUGAAUCAUCUUCUGCUGAUGAACUCUUCUCAAAUGGUGUGAUCCUUCCAAUUCAGAUUCAAGAGAGAAAAACCGCCACAAACAAUGCUGCUAGAAAACACAUGAUCAACCUUCAACAUCAUACAAAGCUUCUUCCUCCAAGACCAUCUUCUUCUUUUCAUACAAGUGCUGAUAAAAUGAAGAAAGAAACCAUUAUUAGAGAACUUUUAGAGUUGAGUUGUUGUGAAGAAUAUGAAGAGAAGAACAACAACAAGAAAAAGAAGAAGCACUCUCAUUGUUCUUCAUCAUCAUCAUUCUGGGGAUUCAGUAGAAGCAAGAGUCUAAAUUGUGAAACAAAGAAAAGCUUGAUUUGUUCUUUGCCUCUUUUGUCAAGAAGCAACUCAACCGGUUCUGUGCAGAAUAAUCAAAAGAGAAUGAGCUCAAUCAACAACAAAUCAUCAUCAUCAUCAAAUUUUUGGUCAUGUUCUAGCUUAAACUACCUCUUUCCUGUGCAAAAAUCUGCAGCUUCAGGUAAGAUUUAUGGCCAUGGUGGUAUUAGGAUUAGCCCUGUUUUGAAUGUACCAACUCCUUAUGUUUCCAAAGGGAGUUUAAAUCUAUUUGGAUUUGGUUCUUUUUUUAGUGUUGGAAAGGUUAAGAAGAACAACAAGUGACUUUACUUAUAAUUAUACUUACGAUAAAGAAUUUAAUUUUAAUAUCGAAGAAUGUAUAAAAUUUUAUAUAGUUGUCUAAUUAUAUUUGAAGUA